AUGGCCAAGGUUCUUCAAAACGUCUACCGGCUGGCCGGCCCCGUGGCGCUCGGCGCCAUGUUUGUCAACGCUUCCAUCUACGAUGUGCAGGGUGGAAAGCGGGCGGUCAUCUUCGAUCGUCUGUCUGGUGUGCAGGAGCAAGUCGUCAACGAAGGCACUCACUUCCUCAUCCCCUGGCUCCAACGGGCCAUCCUCUACGAUGUGCGAACAAAGCCACGCAAUAUCUCCACUACAACCGGAAGUAAAGAUCUGCAGAUGGUCAGCUUGACCCUGCGUGUCCUGCACCGUCCGGAUGUGCCGAAGCUCCCGCAAAUCUAUCAAUCAUACGGUACCGAUUACGAUGAGCGUGUCCUCCCCUCCAUCGGUAACGAAGUGCUCAAGGCUAUCGUCGCCCAAUUCGACGCCGCCGAGCUGAUCACCCAGCGUGAAGCCGUCUCCAACCGCAUCCGAACAGACCUCCUCAAGCGAGCUUCGCAGUUCAAUAUUGCCCUGGAAGACGUCUCCAUCACCCACAUGACCUUCGGAAAGGAAUUCACCCGUGCCGUCGAGCAGAAGCAGAUCGCCCAGCAAGACGCCGAGCGCGCGCGAUUCAUCGUCGAGCGCGCCGAGCAGGAGCGCCAAGCCAAUGUCAUCCGUGCAGAGGGUGAAGCUGAGAGUGCCGACAUUAUCUCCAAGGCUGUGGCCAAGGCUGGUAACGGCUUAAUUGAGAUCCGUCGUAUCGAAGCUAGCCGCGAGAUCGCUAACACCCUGUCCACCAACCCUAACGUCACAUAUCUGCCUGGUGGCGAGGGAAAGGAUGGCGGCAAGAGCACUAGCCUCCUACUUGGUCUGCGUACUUAA